AUGAUUGAUAUCAUCAACUCUGCCCUCAACGUUCCGUUGAUGCUAACAUCUGUCAUUGCCAACACGGUGGUAUUGGUCGCCAUAUUGUCAACUCCCUCGCUUCGUUCAUCAUCCACCAUCGUUUUUCUUUGCAGUCUUGCUCUGUCAGAUCUUCUUGUCGGGUUUAUUGUCCAACCACUGUCCAUUGCAAAAGAACUCGUUAACCAUGUUGACAUUUCUUUACUGAAAAGAGCAACAAAUAUCUUUGCUACUUUUCUGGGAGGUGUAUCACUGUUCACUUCAACAGCAAUAAGCGUCGAUCGGUAUUUGGCUCUUCGUCAUCAUAUGCGAUAUCCAAUUCUGGUAACCACUAAGAGAGCAAUUUACACCUCCACAAGUCUCUGGAUUUUCUGCAUCCUGUUAUCAUUCAUCGGUUUUAGGAACAAAACAACUUAUUUUUGGGGUAUAGCUGCCUCUAUCCUUAUUUGCGUCCUCAUUUCUUCCUUUUCGUACGGAAGAAUUUUUUCGUUUGUUCUUAAGCAUCGGCUCCAGAUUAAGUCUCAACAACAGAAUGCGGAACGUUUUAACGCUGAACAUCAUGUUCAAAUGAAGAGAUUGGUGAAAAGUGUUAUAAACACAUUUUUGUUUUUCAUUUGUAUGAUUGCGUGUUACACCCCUGUGUUAAUAUCCUCUGUCCUUGAUGCUGUUUCGUCGGAGCCAAUUUCAAGAUCCUGGAUUUUGGCUGAUACUUUAGCGUAUAUGAACUCGUCCAUUAAUCCGUUCUUAUACUGCUGGCGCUUACGCGACCUUCGAAGAGCCUUUAUAAAGACACUGCGAAAACUCAGUUCUUGCCAUUAA